AUGGCAGGGAGACUACACGUGAUCCUGAAAAGUGUAAACAAGGCGCUGUGCCGCAUGCGCUUGGCCUCGGCUGUAGAGGAGGAGGAUGACCUGAUAACACAAUCACAGCAUCUGGAGGAGAAGCGCAGGCGUGGCCAGCAGCUCGUCACUAUCCAAGCAUUCCUACAGUCCAGCCAGGACAAGGAAAAUGAGCUCAGCGUGGUCCUCCAGUGGCUCAGAAACAUGAACCAGGAGCUGGUGGAGGUGGAGGAGGACGAGGACUUCCGGGAGGUGGAUGGUAUCACUGAGGAAUGGGUUGAGGAGAUGCAAGACAAGAUCCAGAGUUUCAUGUCGGACAUCCAAGCUUGCAUUGUACGUCUUCACGAGCUUUGUGGAUUCCUCUUUGAACUCGACACCAGGAAAACCAAAAAGAAAGAAGCAGAACAUAAGAAGGGAGGUGUGUGGCACUGGUGGCUGGAGUCAAAAGUCGAUGCCAGGACGAUACUGAAGAUCCAGGAGCUGCAGCCGCCCACAGUGGACCGCAUGAUGGCGGAGCCCAGCCUGGCCACCAAGUCUUCCACAGAUCUGUCCUUCAUGCUGGGUGACAUCUCCAAGUCCAUGUCCUGCAACAAGGCCAUGAGCAUGGCCUUUAAGUUCAUUCAGACGGGGCUCCACAACCUAAACGAGGCUCUGCAGGAGCGCACAUGCGAGGCCCACAAAACCCAAGCCCAACUGGAUGAGAUGAAGGCUAAUGACUGCCGUGCUAACCUGGCCCGUGCCAAAGCAGAGCUGGAAGGGGACAAGACAAGGAUCACCAAACUGGAGGGAGAUAACUAUAACCUUCAGGAGGAGAUCGCAGCGCACAAGUUCCAGAUCCACAAGCUGGAGGGAAUGGUUAGGUCAGGUCAACAGGGUUCUGUGAUUAAAGUGAUUGAGCCGGUGAUGGAAUUCCCCAUGACUCAGAGCCAAACCCAGCCAGAGAGCACCUCAGUCCCAUUCAAUCCGAAAUAUCCCAGACGGCCCCCUCCGUCUAAGAAGGAGCAGAAGCCAAAGAUAGCGCCAUCAGUGGUAGAAUCACAGCUACCCAAGAGCCCACCCAAGACUGCGGCUGGGACGGAGCCAGAGUCCAUUGAGGAGGAGUAUGUCGAAGAGGAGAUACCUCCCACACCUUCCCCUGUGUCUGAAGAGGAGAUCAAGCCCGAGACAUCGCCUGAUGAAUUGGACCUCUUUGAGGCAAUGGAGAAGAACAGCACCAGCCUCUUGGAUGGCUUCCAGUCAUCUGUGUUCAACAUAAUUGAAAAGUCCCUCAGUGUUAAGGGUAUAGGCCUAGAGGCAGACAAGGCCAACGACGCCAUCAAACUCUACAUCAUCCUUCAGAAAACCAUCCGAAACUCCUUCAACAACAUCACCUCCAAACUCCAUGGGAAAUUUACAGACAGCAUCCUGGGCAUGCCGUUUGAGGAGGACAAAGUGGCUUGGGAUGGGUUCUGGGACGACACCACCAAGUCACCAGGGGACAUGCUCAAAGAGAUCAACUCUAUGUUCGUCAGCCAUGACCAUAACAUUGAGAAUUUGGGCGCCAAUGUGCACAUGCUCAUGAAAGAAGAAGACAAGAACGCCAAGUCUGCUUCCAAGAAAGGACCCCACCAAGAAUGCCGUCACUCUGUGUCUGAGGUCCUGAUCCAGUUGAAGAACAUCAACAACAUGAGCAAGCAGCAGACCUGUAAGAUGCGCCUGGCCCUGGAGAACCUCAUAGACAUGAACAACAAGUUGGAUAAUGAGCCCAAGACUGAGGAGGAACAGCCAUUCACCAGCCAUUUCUCCAUCUCGUCCUCUGACAGCUUUGUAGAGGAAGAGGAGAUCAGAGUGGAGUUGAAACGCCACCACCACAUCGAGAAAACUGUCAAAGUACCGGUAGAGAAGCGAAUCAAGAGGAGACAUACUCCACAUCAGACAACGAGGCAAGUACUGAAACCCAGACUUAUAGAAACAGCCAACCAGGGGGACAUGGAGCGGUAUAAGAUGGAGAUUGAGGAGGAGGGGAGGAAGAUAGAGAAAACGGUGAUGGUGGGGGCGACCUACCAGGUGAACGUGGUGUCUCAGAGGACCAACCUGAAUCUCCUGAGGCAGGCGGCGAUCAGCGGGGAGAUCUCCACUGAGCUGUACAGCAUGGCCAAGGACCUCAUCACACACAUUCUGGGCAUGGAUGAGAUGAGACUGGCCUGCCUGCUCCGCAAGUUCAUGGCCUACAGAUCAGUGCAGCAAGUCCGUUACAAUCUGAAUAUGCAGUUGGUUGCUGCUCGGGAGCUAAAGGAUGGACAGUCGGUAAAAGAAAUAUACUCCUUCCUGACGAAACUGGAUGUGUACCAGAAACGGACGUUGCGUCGGUGGAGUGCUAAACAAGCUGCUAUUGAACACAGCCGCAAGACCUGCCUUGCUCGCAUGCUAUAUCUUUUCAGUGAGAUAAGACAAGACUACAACGUGCACCUGCUCACCCCGUUCCCGUGCUCCAGCCACUCCCGUCAACAUCUGGCCAUCAAGUCCCACAAGCUGACGUGGUCCCUGAACCCUGGUUGCCAGCGUCACCACCUGCCCACUCCAGCCCAGACCCCCCACCUGGUGAUGCCCGCCUCAGAGGCCGGACCCCUGAGCGGAGUCAGGGAGCUGUUGAGGGGUCAGCUACCCACACUGUGGCAUUGUAAUCUGACCAUGAACAACAUGCAGCUGGCCAGGAAGAUGGCCUCUCCCCCCUGCAACCUCUCCUCCAUUCCCCUGCUGAUGCAGAUGGACGUCAACCAUAGCCGAGCCACUGCACUGCGCUCUGCACAGGGCAGGUAAGGCCUCACACACUGCAACCUCUCCUCCAUCCCCCUGCUGAUGCAGAUGGAUGUCAACCAUAGCCGAGCCACUGCACUGCACUCUGCACAGGGCAGGUAAGGCCUCACACACUGCAACCUCUCCUCCAUCCCCCUGCUGAUGCAGAUGGACGUCAACCAUAGCCGAGCCACUGCACUGCGCUCUGCACAGGGCAGGUAAGGCCUCACACACUGCAACCUCUCCUCCAUCCCCCUGCUGAUGCAGAUGGACAUCAACCAUAGCCGAGCCACUGCACAGCGCUCUGCACAGGGCAGGUAAGGCCUCACACACUGCAACCUCUCCUCCAUCCCCCUGCUGAUGCAGAUGGACAUCAACCAUAGCCGAGCCACUGCACAGCGCUCUGCACAGGGCAGGUAAGGCCUCACACACUGCAACCUCUCCUCCAUCCCCCUGCUGAUGCAGAUGGAUGUCAACCAUAGCCGAGCCACUGCACUGCGCUCUGCACAGGGCAGGUAAGGCCUCACACACUGCAACCUCUCCUCCAUCCCCCUGCUGAUGCAGAUGGAUGUCAACCAUAGCCGAGCCACUGCACUGCGCUCUGCACAGGGCAGGUAAGGCCUCACACACUGCAUCAACUGGUAUCAAUGGAUAGGAGCUUAGAGAGCAGCAAUGUUUGGACAAUUCAAGGCAAGAUCUUAGUAUUUUCGGAUUAUGUCCUUCCCCUGGUGAAAGGUAUAGACUGCUUGUGAUAUUGAGUUUCAGUUCUAAAUUCUCAUUGGUUUGUGAUGCGUGAACUGCAGUGGUGUAAAGUAAUUAAGUAAAAAUACUUUAAAGUACUACGUACUUAAAGUAGUUUUUCGGGGUAUCUGUACUUUACUCUAUUUUUGACAACUUUUACUUCGCUACAUUCCUAAAGAAAAUAAUGUACUUUUUACUCCAUACAUUUUCCCUAACACCCAAGAGUACUCGUUGCAUUUUGAAUGCUUAGCAGCACAGGAAAUGGUCUAAUUCCCCCACUUAUCAAGAGAACAUACCUGGUCUUCCUACUGCCUCUGAUCUGGCAGACUCAGUAAACACACAUGCUUUGUUUGUAAAUGAUGUCUGAGUGUUGGAGUGUGCCACUGGCUAUCUGUACAUUAAAAUAACAAGAAAAUGGUGCUGUUUGCUUAAUAUAAGGAAUUCGAAAAAUAUUUAUACUUUUACUUUUGAUACUUAAGUUUUAUUUUAGCAAUUACAUUUACUUUUGAUACUUAAGUAUAUUUAAAACCCAAUACUUUUAGACUUUUACUCAAGUAGUAUUUUUCUGGAGGAAUUUCGCUUUUAUUUGAGUCAUUUUUCUAUUAAGGUAUUUUUACUUUUCCUCAAGUAUGACAAUUGGGUACUUUUUUCCAUCACUGGUGAACGGGAUAACGGGAUAAUGGGAUAAGCCACUGCACUUAUUGAGUCCCAGAGAGGCAAAUCGACCUCUGGGUUUUAUUACAGGGAUAUUGGAUGUUAAGAGAGCAGGGCACAGGAAACUGACUUCUGUCAUCUGUGUGUAGUGUACCCAGCACAAAUGUCUAAAGACAAGCUAAACUAAAGUCUGAGUUAUUGAGUGUGUUAUCAUCUCUUCUCUGUCUCAGGAUAAGUGGGCGAUAGCUGCAUGCUUUCUAGAGGAGAUGUGUUGAUGCAUAGGGAGAUGAUCUACUGAAGGGAUCCAGUCUGUCACUAAUCUCAAACGCCAGCCAAUAAAGAAUACGUUCACUCCA